AUGUACUGCCAUGGCCCAACAUGCAAAUACUGCGUGCCAAGAGAUGCUAGCCUGCCCAACCAGGCCAUCCUAAGCCUCUACUCGGACUGGGUAACGCCAGAAAUCCUUGCCAUGUCCCGGCCGCUGCGUGCCCAUUUCGAGGAACACGAGUUGAUCGAGAACUUCCAAAGGGAAGGCAUCUGUGCAGUGUUCAAUUUAGAAGAACCAGGCGAACAUGCCCAUUGCGGACCCGGAAUUUUGGCGUCUGGGUUCACAUACGAUCCAGAAUGGUUUAUGAAGAACAAAAUUUCCUAUUUCAACUACCCACUGCCCGACUUCGAAGCGUGCACCACAAACACAAUCCUAGACAUCGUCCAGGUGGCCACCUACCAGCUUUCACUGGGGAAGAUUGCGAUUCAUUGCCAUGCGGGUCACGGGCGAACUGGGAUGGUCGCCGCGGCCAUCCUAGUCUAUCGGGACGGCCAACGCCCUGCAAAUGCUGUCCGAAGCGUGCGACAGAUUAGAGCACAAUCCGUCCAAAGUCACCCCCAAAUCGCGUUGCUAAAUGCGAUGGGCGCCCAAAUUACGGGCCACACCCUGCUACCAAUAGCUGCUAAGGGUUACGAUGGGGUCGAAGAGGUGCUGGAAAUGCAAAGAAAGGUCCUCGAACCAAGGCAGAUACGCUGCUAUUCUCAUUUACCAAAGAUGGUUUCGGUGACAGCCUUGGAACUUUUGAACCGCUUUUACGAACAAUCUCGCUUCGGAAUCGCCGUGUCCACAUCUGGUUCCUCGUUCGAGUUCCGGCUUGGCGAACGAAAAGCCGUCAGGAUUGACGAAAAUUCGAUGAUGGCACUAAUUGUCGGGCUUCUGGACCGGAAGAGCUUUAAAAGUUUUUCGGAUUGGCUAAUCGACGCCGAGCGAAAUGGGAUGGAUUUGAGAAACAUUGAGCAUCGCAUCAAAGAGCUGAAUAUAGGCCAAUUACUCUGCCUGCUCGAUUCUCAUAUGAAGGGCUACGACCAAAUUAUGAGCGAAGCUGAGCUAUCGAAGCUAUUAAAAACGGAUGGGACCACCUACAACGAGGAAGUGCGAACUCACAAUGUCAAUCAACUGCUUUGCCUUUUUCUACUAAAUCUAUUUUCCUAUAUAUUACCACUGUAUCACCCGGAAUUGGCGUUGCUUACAUGUUACUGGUGCACUUGG